CGGACUGGAAAUGGUAAAAGUGCGAGUGGUAAUAGCAUUAUCAGGGAGAGAAAAUUCAAGUCAAUGUCUAGCUCGUCUGGUGUCACGAGCACUUGCCAGCUCGAGCAGACCAUUUUGAGGGAUGGACAGAUUAUUAAUGUUAUUGACACUCCUGGGUUGUUUGACUAUCCCGGUGACAAUGAAUCAAUUGGAAAGGAAAUUGUUAAAUGCAUUAAUAUGGCCAAGGAUGGUAUUCAUGUUGUUCUUGUAGUUUUCUCAGUUAGAACCCGGUUUUCAAGAGAAGAAGAAUCAGCUGUUGAGAGCUUGUGUAGAUUUUUUGGAAGCAAAUGGACUGACUACAUGAUUGUAGUUUUCACCGACAGGGAUGAUCUUGAAGAAUCUAAUGAAACUUUGGAUGAUUAUUUAGGCCGUAACUGCCCUGAGCCUUUGAAGAAUGUUCUUGCGAUGUGUGGGAACUGGAAAGUGCUUUUUGAUAAUAAGACGAAUGAUAAAACUAAGAAGGAUUUGCAGUUGAGAGAACUUCUUUCCCUUGUGAACUUGUGAACUCUGUGGUAAUCGGAACUGUGGGAAACCAUACAUUGAUGAGAUAUUUUCUGCACUGAAGAAAGGUGCUCUUCAAAUCCGGAAUCAAACUGCAGAAUUUAAUUCAUCACGAUACUCCAAACAAGAGAUAUCUGAGUUGAACGGUCAAAUGCAAAGAGCAUAUGCUGAGCAACUUAGGCAGAUCACUGAAAUGGUGGAGAUGAAGCUGAAGGAGACGAAUCUCAAGCUGGAAGAGCAAUUGGCUAAAGAGCAAGCUGCUCGCUUGGAGGCUGAGAAGAGUGCAAGAGAAGCCCAAGAGCUAUCUAGAUAUGAGAUCAGUAA